UUCCUGAGAGCCCGCCCACAGGUAGUACAUCAGUAUGAGGGGAGGACGCUGACUUCUGCUGGCCCACCGUGCUACCUGCGGAGUUAGUGAGAUCAAGUCCUCAUAAUACCUCCAGCAUGGCGUCAACGGCGUUACGAUCAGUGCUGAGGACAAAGGUCCCUUAUAAAGCCAGCCGUAUGUGCUACUCCUCCUCCUCAGUGCCCACCACCAAACUGUUCAUCGAUGGCAAGUUUGUUGAGUCCAAGUCUUCAGAAUGGCUGGAUAUUCACAAUCCUGCUACUAAUGAAGUGAUUGCACGUGUACCUAAAGCCACGCAGGCCGAGAUGUUGGCUGCUGUAGACUCCUGCUCCAGAACCUUUCACUCCUGGUCCGAGACCUCCAUCUUGGCUCGGCAGCAGAUCUUUCUGCGCUAUCAGCAGCUUAUCAAGGACAACAUUAAAGAGCUCGCCAAGGCCAUCACAGUGGAACAGGGCAAGACCCUUGCAGAUGCAGAGGGGGAUGUGUUCAGAGGAUUGCAGGUCGUGGAGCACGCCUGCAGCAUCACCUCCCUGAUGCUCGGGGAAACCUUGCCCUCCAUCACCAAAGACAUGGACACCUACACCUACCGGCUGCCCCUGGGCGUGUGCGCCGGCAUCGCCCCCUUCAACUUCCCCGCCAUGAUCCCUCUGUGGAUGUUCCCGAUGGGCAUGGUGUGCGGCAACACGUACCUGCUGAAGCCGUCGGAGCGCGUGCCGACCUGCACCAUGCUGCUGGCCAAGAUGCUGCAGGACGCCGGCGCUCCAGACGGAACGCUGAACAUCAUCCACGGCCAGCACGAUGCUGUGAAUUUCAUCUGUGACAAUCCGGCCAUCAAGGCGAUCAGCUUUGUCGGGUCAAAUCAAGCAGGAGAGUAUAUCUACGAGAGGGGCUCCAAAAACGGCAAGAGGGUCCAGUCCAACAUGGGAGCCAAGAACCAUGGUGUGGUGAUGCCUGAUGCCAACAAGGAGAACACUCUGAACCAGCUUGUGGGCGCAGCGUUCGGGGCAGCGGGACAACGCUGCAUGGCUCUGUCCACAGCCAUCCUGGUGGGUGAGGCGCGGAGCUGGCUGCCGGAGCUGGUGGAGCGUGCCAAGGCUCUGCGCGUGAAUGCAGGAGACCAGCCUGGAGCAGAUGUGGGGCCUCUGAUCUCUCCCCAAGCCAAGGAGCGAGUGUGCAGUCUGAUCAAGAGCGGCGUGGACGAAGGAGCGAAGCUGCUCCUGGACGGCCGAAGCGUGAAGGUCAAGGGUUAUGAAAACGGCAACUUUGUGGGACCGACCAUCAUCGGCAGUGUCACACCUCAGAUGAAGUGCUACACUGAGGAGAUCUUCGGGCCUGUGCUGGUUGUUCUUGAGGCGGACACUCUGGAUGAUGCCAUCAGCCUGGUCAACAAUAACCCCUAUGGCAACGGUACAGCGAUCUUCACCACAAAUGGUGCCACUGCACGCAAAUACACUCACGAGGUGGACGUGGGCCAGGUUGGAGUGAAUGUGCCCAUCCCUGUGCCGCUGCCAAUGUUCUCCUUCACCGGAUCCAGAGGAUCCUUCAGAGGGGACACGAACUUCUACGGGAAACAAGGCAUCCAGUUCUACACACAGAUCAAAACCGUCACCUCACAAUGGAAAGCCGAGGACGCCACCUUGAAAAGUCCUGCAGUUACCAUGCCGACUAUGGGACGCUAAAUACUCCAUCCAAGUCUGAAAAACCACCAGACCCUUCAUCCACAUAAAGACUUAUAUGUUCACUGUGAAUAGUUCGUAAAUGCAAAUUAUUAAAUAAUACUUUAUGAAGGCUUUAUAUUAGAUUUGUACAUAUGGAUAUUGUGUAAAUAUCCACCACUAUGGCUGAGAGUUUAACAAUGCAAAAGGUCUGCACAUCUCCUGUUUUCUAAAAUACAACUCUUGUAUUAAAACUAA